AGAGACCCCUCAGCUCCUUAGAUACCUCCGGAAGCCCCGCAUUCAUCUCUCAUAAGCCUAUCGAGAACUCAUUGCGCCGAUCGAAGAACCCCUCCCACCAUGGCCACCCGCAUUCAAUUCGAAAACAGCAGCGACAUCGGUGUCUUCUCAAAGCUGACGAACAGCUACUGCCUGUGCGCCAUCCAGGGCAGCACAAACUUCUACUCCGCGUUCGAGAGCGAGCUCGGAGACGUCGUCCCGAUCGUGCACACGAGCAUUGGCGGCACGCGGAUCAUUGGACGACUAACCGCAGGCAACCGCCAUGGGCUACUCGUACCAUCGACGACGACAGACCAGGAGCUGCAGCACCUCCGAAACUCCCUACCCGACGCUGUCGCGAUCCAGCGGGUGGAGGAGCGACUGUCCGCGCUCGGGAACGUGAUCGCCUGCAACGACUAUGUUGCGCUUGUGCACCCCGACAUCGACCGCGAGACGGAGGAGAUCAUCGCGGACGUGCUUAAAGUCGAGGUCUUCCGGCAGACGAUUGCCGACAACGUCCUCGUCGGCAGCUACGCCGUCAUCACGAAUCAGGGCGGGCUUGUGCAUCCGAAGACAAGCAUACAGGACCAGGAUGAGUUGAGUAGCUUGCUCCAGGUCCCUCUUGUGGCUGGGACAGUGAAUCGUGGAUCGGACGUCUUGGGCGCAGGCCUCGUGGUGAACGACUGGUGUGCGUUUACAGGGCUCGACACGACGGCGACAGAGAUUAGUGUCAUCGAGGCGGCCUUCAAGCUGCAAGGACAGAGCUCCGCUGCGGUGAUUGGGGAAAUGCGCGACUCGCUUAUCGACAGCUGGGCGUGAGGAGGUUCUGGGUGACGACAUGGCUGGGACCCGGUUUGCUUCCUCUCCGUGUGUAUCCAUUCGCUCGUUUUGUGUGGCGUCACUAGUACAGGGUCAAAAGGCAGACGCAGUCCAAUAGUAUCACAAACUGUACCUCUACAAUCGCAUCGUUCACCUCAGGC